AUGGCGUGCAGACCCUUCGCACCGCCACCCGACGACGCGCGGCUCCUGUCGGUUUCGCCCCUCAGCGACGCCGGGAGUCCGGGGCGGCGGUCACCACGCGGCACCUCCCCGCCGCUGGCGGCGUCGUCCUCCGCCCACGGCGUGGCGCCGGCCCCGUGCGGCGUCCGCGUUUUCGGCUUUCCACCGGCCGUCACGGGGGGCUGCUUCGGCGUGCUUCUCGCCCCGGACGACGCCGCAAGCAAACACGCGGGGGAGCCGAGGCGCCGCGAGAUGUGCCGCGACCCCUCCGCCGUCGCCCUUUCGUGGGGCACGGUGGCGAUGAUUGCGAGGCACACGUACCUCUUCGACGUCGUCUGCGGGGUGAGGGCUGGUGCGGCGUUUCUCCGCCCCCCCGCGCCGCGGCCCGGCGCUUCUCUAGAGACGCUUUCGCCCGACCCGCUCUCGACGGCGGCGGCGGCGUCGCCGGAUAUUACUGCGUGGGAGCAACUGAUGUGUGCCGUGCUGUUCCGAACCUCGCUGGAGGAGGCGGUUGCCCUGCGGCACGCGGUGUCGUGGGAGGAGCAGUGCCGCGUCGAGGACGUCCUCGCCGUGCUGCGGCGCUGCACACACGCCGUGGUGGACGGGCUGCUCCGCUGGGUUCCCCCAUCCGCUGGGGUGCGGCUCCUGCUUAGCCGCCACACCAGCGACAGCGACAGCUGCUGGGGCGGAGUCCAAGUGGGGCUGCUAGACGUGGAGCAUGUGUGGCGUGUGCAGCGCCACCUCCUCUCGCUGCGGCGGUCGUGGCUGUCAAGCGAAGACGAAGAAGAAUACGACGACGUGGUAAUGGGGAUGUGGGCUUCUGCCAGCGGCGUGCACGUAGACGACCGUCCUCGGGAAGCUCUGUAUCGCACCGUUAGAGCGUUUCAGCGGCAGGGCGUGCAUCUGCGGCGGUGGGACGCUGAUGGCCACGGCGAUGCGUGCGCCGGCAUUCUGCGGCUCCUGCGUGCGAUGGCGGUUGUGGCGCAUAUUGAGUCUUGUCUGGAGUCUCCGCCGCCAUCGUCCGACGCAGGCGCCGCGUGUUACCGCGAUGAGGCGGAUAGCAGUCGCGCUGGCGGUGCGUCCGAACUGCCGUUCACGCCAGCGCAGCGGGAGCACUUGGCGGAGAUGCUCGCCAUUCUCCUGCACCCCUGCAGCAGCGACGCUUCCGGCGAGGGAAGGCGCCUCGCCACGCACUGGUUGUGGGCACAUCUGCGGGCGGAAGCAAACGCCGAACUCUUCACUGGUCCCUCGCGGUUGUCGUUUCACGACUUCCUUGCCUCCCUUGCACACUGGCUGGUGCUGCAGGUCGUACCGGCCCUGAUGCUGCACGUGAACGCAGCCUCCUGUGGUGACCGGGAGGCCGCCGCAUUGCCGCCGGCGCGUUCACUGCGGCUGCGGUUUCACUGUGCAGAGGAGUCUGCCGCGGACUCGGCGGAGGUGUCGCCUGCGUCAUUGGUGGCAGCUCCUGUGGCGCGACGCAAUGUGUUGCUGGGGAUCACCAUGUCGGAUUGGCUGCGGUCGCUGCGGCACAAGCGCGCAGGGAAGAAUGCCACCGCGAGUGGCGUGGAACUCGCCCCCUCGCUCUCCUCGACGGCGGCGAGGCUGCUGGCCGUGUUUGACACCCUCGCGCUCUUUCGCCUGGCGCCAGCCGCAGGCGACGGGGUCUGGCCGGUGCUGUCGGACAGGGUCUUUGAGCGCCACGGUGCGUGGGCGGUGGCGCAUUGGGUGGUGGGCCGCAGCGAGGCGGAGGUUGCGGUGCUGCGCAGGGCGUACGCCGGCGGGGCAUCCCCCGCCGCCGCCCCGCGGGAGCCGGUGGGGAUGUUCACGCUGGGCGACUUCAUUGCGCGCUACCGUCCCCUCGUGGACGCCGCGCGUGUGUCGUCGCACCUCCCCUCGCAUCCCCUUCGGCAGGCGGCGGCGGGCCCGCAGUGGCGUCCACUCCCGCCCCUCUUCCGCAUGUCCCUCGAAAACUUCGACACCUUCGCACCAGUCAUUCAGGCGAAACUCAUUUGUUCUGCGGCGGCCGUGGACUACACCGCGCAUGCCUCAGCUAGAGACGAAGCGGAAGCAGAGGAAGCACCAGCACCAACAGCAGGGGCGUGGCGGCGCGCUUCGCUGAGUCGACUGGAUGCCGACGUGUUCGGCUGCAUACCCGCACCGCUGCGAGAGGCGCCGCCGGUCGUCGUCGUCGUGGAGGACUCCGGUCUCGUGAAGGUGCACGACGCUGGGGCGUUAGAGCAGCUGGAGGCGGCCCGUCUGCGUGGCCGGGCCGGGCUGCAUGGAUGCGGCACACGCCUUCUCCAAGUUUUUCUGCGCGCGAGCUGGUCGGUGAGGUGGAACUUUGUGCCGCUGCGCCGCCGCGCCCACCGCCGCGCGGCCGUCCUUCUGCAGGCGGCUCUGCGCGUGCGUGCGGCGGCGCUGGCGGUGGGGCGGCGGGCGCUGCAGUUGGUGGAGCUGCGGCGGCGCUGGGCGGAGGAGCGGCGAGGCCACGACGUCACGCGGGAGCAGCUCGUCCGUCGACUGGAGGCGCAGGCCGCGGGGGGCGGGGGCGGCGGAGAGGACGGCGCCACGCAAGCGACGAGCCCCGCCGCGAGUUGGCCGGCCACGCCGCUGAAUGCGCUGCUCGGGGCAGGGGCGACGCGUGCGCCUGCCGCCGCGCCGGAGCCCCUGCCGCAGGGCGAGGCGUGGGUGCAUGCGGCGGACGGCCGUGACGCGGCGGGCGCGGUGUUUGCCACGGAACAAAAAGGGCGAAGCGUCCUACAACACGUGGAGGCAAAGCGGCGCCGGCAGAUAUUCCUCGCCCUUGAGGACAAGCUGCGCGAGCGGUGGCUGCUGCAGGAGUACCGUGACCGCCGCGCGAUCGUGCAGCAGCAGCUGCAGGAGAUGCAGGAGUCCCGUGUGCGGGAGCAGCGCCGCAAGUGCCGGAAGCAGCGCAAGCAGCAGGUGAAGCUGCUGCAGCAGCAACGGGAGGAAGUGCAACGCCAGUCUUUUGAAAGGAGGGCACGGAACGAGGCACCGCGCGGUGGUGUUGCUCGUUCCCCGCCCACGGUUGCUGGGGACACGUGCAGCGGCGUGCACCCCGCGGCGGACGUCACGAGCCACGACGACGCCGACGCCGGCGCCAGCGACGUGGUCGUCGUCAUUGGCAUACCGGGCGACGACGGUGACGCCGACGGGCAGACGCUGACACCGUCGCGGCCCCCAUCUGCUGUGCGCAGGCGCCCUGCCGAAGGCGCAAAAACAGCGGCGCCGUCUCAAGGUACACGUGUGUGUGCCUCGCUGCGGUCGUUGCACGGUGGAGGCGCGCCGGCGGCCAACUCUUCCUGUCGCACCCCGCGGAGGGCGCUCUGGCAGCAGGAGCACGAGGACCGCACCUUCAUUGAGCUCAGCCAGCGUCAUCGCUGGCAGGUGCUGCGGCAGACCUGCACGCUGGCGGGGGUUGCGCUGGCGGAGAUGCUGCACCGCCGCCGCAUCUUCCUUGCCGGUGCGCUGGAGCGAGAGGAGCUGCUGGCCCGCUGGCGCACGGUCCUGCUUCCCUACUGCCUCAUCACAGAGGCGCUGCACGGCGACUUCCUUGCGGCGUUGGUGAUCCUGCAGGGCGUCCCACGGCGUCAUGGACGAGAGGCCGCGCAGCGGCGAACAUCCUCAGGACUCCGCCCCCUCCGCGUGAACGCAAUGCCCGCGGUGGUUCGACCGCGGCUGCAGCAGUGCUGUCGCACAGGUGGGAGGCGCUAUUCCCCGCCGCUGGGCGGCCACGACGAGAAUGCGGGCAACAGGAAGCGGCUUGCCGACGCCACGGCAACGGCGGCGGCCCACCGCGAAUUUCUUUGCAAGCCGAACUUUCAGCUCCUGGCAAGUCACUUUUCGAAUCCGUACGCGUCGGGGGCGGGGGCCGCGGUGACGGACCGCAGCGCGCCGGCGAAGGGAAGACGGCCGGCGAAGGCGGCGCCCGCCGCGCGGAAACGCGUUGUCACGUGGGUUGACCCGCCACCCUCGCCGCCGCCGUCCACGUGA